AUGGCCGCGUCUGUCGCUAUUGGCGUGUUAGUGGGCGUCGGAGUCCUGUAUUUCACUGGAUCUUACCUCUUUGCAGACCAAAGGCCCAGGGAUGAGCAGAGAGUCUCAGAAAGCGAUGCCCCUUUACUAAAGGCGAAUUCGACCUUUCAAUCCUACAAGACAGAACACGGCGAAUAUCCUGCAAUCAGGACAUUCUAUAGUCCGCACUCUCAUGCCCACAAGCUUCAAGCCAUUGCAAAUCUCCCUCUGCUAGUUUUCAUCCAUGGAUUGGGCGGAUCGCUACCACAGUUCGGCCCUCUACUCAACAGUCUUGUGAACGUUGCGCCAUGCUUCGGCAUAGAGCUACCUGGCCAUGGAUUGUCGGAUUUCUCGCCUCGGGACUAUGGGGCCUAUUCAUUUGAGGCGUCUUCGUCUCUAUGGCGGACGGCCAUAGAGCAAGUCUGCCGCGCGCAUGGACAUCAAACCGUGGUUUUCAUUGCACACAGCAUGGGCUGCUCAAUCGCCGCAACAUUGUCCAUAGACAAAACACUUCCCUUUUCCGUGGGUGGGAUGACCGCUCUCUGUCCGAAAGCCACCCCGCCGUCACAGGCUGAGACGGCCUCGGCUCGACGUUUCUUGUCGCUUCCAGACACGGUGCUUGAUAUUCUGCGAGUGUUGGACCGGAGAGGAGGAUUGCAUUCUAGGAGCGUGGAAAGAAUGGCCGGGCAAGCUGCAGGAAUAGAUCUCCGGCGUCUCCAGCUGUCAUUCAACAGGAGCUACAAGACGCCCGUCUGGAAGCGGUCGGCGCUAGGCUGCCUGCCGCAAUACGAUUCCCACGGAAACGCACGCGGCGGGCUCCCGGGUCAAGAGGUCUGGGAGAAGAUCCAGGUGCCUCUGUUCCUGAUCGCUGGAGAAUCAGACACAGUCACCAAACCGGACGAGGUGACCAAGAUCGUCUCGUUCUUACAAACCCCGGCAAAGCAACACGGGGCCAACGCAACCCCGGAGGGCAAAACAUUACCGGUAGCUGCAUCUGGAUCUGGAUCCAGCUCUGCACGGGAAGACGAAGCAGAAGGCUCCUCGUCGACCGUCGACCCCGCGGCCAGUGACAGCAUCUACGGUACAAAGCCGUCGACGAGCGAGAUGUCCAGCCACCACUCUGCCAUUGUGAAGACGGCGAUCCUGCCUGCACCAGCGGCGCACGCCUUGAUGUACGACCACUCGACGUACCGCACCGUGGCCGGCCUGAUUGAAGACUUCCUGGCGCGCUACGUGUCGCCGCAACUCUCGCUCGGCUGGCAGCUGCAACAGCUGACGACAUCCGGCAAAUGGGACGUCAAGAACCUCGAGAAAUGGAAGAAAGUGAUGCCCGUGUCAGGCCCGAUCGGCCCGGACGGCAUGUUCCGCGCGCUCAAGACGCUGCGCGAGCAGGACGAAGACCACACGCCGGCCGUGUUUGUGCGCAAGUGGCGCGACCAGAUCUUUGCCGUCAUCGACAUCUCGCACGACAGCCCGGUCUACGACACCAACGCCCUCGAGCGCGGCGGCAUCGAGUACCACAAGUUCCCCACCGUCAGCAAGGUCCCGCCGACCCUGGUCGAGGUCGCCGACUUCAUUGCGCUCGUGGACCGGCUGCGUGGCGAAAAGGGCCACGGCAAAAAGGCCAUCGGCGUCCAUUGCCACUACGGCUAUAAUCGAACCGGCUUCUUCAUCGCCUGCUAUCUCAUCGAGCGCAUGGGCUAUCGGCCCCAGGAUGCCUUGGACGAAUUUGCCCGCGCGAAGCCCCCAGGCAUUAGACACGACCAUUUCAUCGAUACCCUGUUUAUGCGCUAUCAUGUCGGCUUGAAGAAGGCCCCGACUAUGAAGAACUCGUCAUAG